CCUGUCAAAACCAACAUAAUAAAAAUAUAUCAUUUAAAAUUGGGAAACAAAGACCAACUAUUUUUGCAGAUUUUAUAACAUGCUACACACUAAUCUAUCAUAAACUCAUACAUAAACCUUUCUGUCCCCAAAAUUUGAAUAUAUGCACGGUUUUCUUUUCUAGAGACCCAAAAUAUCUGCAUCUCGCAGACUGUUUUUGAAGACCAAAAUGCUAAAGAAGGCCAUGGUGUUGCUGGAGAAUGACAAGCAAGUAAGACAAGAGGAACGGGAAAGAAUUCUGUCUGAGAAAGUUCCAGAACUUCAGAUGUCCAGCCUGUCUACACAGGAACUGCAAGGUCUUUGCAAAGAGCUUCACCAGAAGAUCGACACUAUCGAUGAGGAUCGUUAUGACAUUGCUUUAAAGGUGGCCAAAAAUGAUAUAGAGUUGCGGGACCUGUCUCAGAAGAUCUAUGAGUUGAAGGGGAAGAUGAAAAGGCCGACCCUGAAACGGGUGAGGGUGUCUGCAGACGCCAUGUUGGGAGCGCUGCUGGGCGCCAAAGUCAAAGAGUCGGUGGACUUCAAGGCUAACCUCAAGACUGUGAAGAAAGAGGAGGAGAAGAAAGAGGAAGUGACGGACUGGCGCAAGAACGUGGACGCCAUGUCGGGUAUGGAGGGCAGAAUGAAGCUGUUCAAUGCUGGCCAGUAGACAUUGGGCCUGUCGUCUUGGCGAAGGCAUUUGGGACUCGACCAUGCGGAUGAAGCCGAUGGCUCGACCGACUGUCACUCAUUUUUUGAAGAACACGCUUAGUGAUCUGUGGAGGAAACAUCAUGAGCUUGUGUUAUUUAAGUUUGAAUUGUAAGAAUAGUUAAAAAUUCUAUUACUGACAUCAAUGUAAAUAUUAGGGGACAUUCAAAUUACUGAGAGAACUGUAGUGGGCUAAUACUAUUUUUUGUCAUUUAAGUGCAGAAAUGAAAUGAAAAAACAACAACAUAUUUUUCAGAUAAAUACAAAGUUUACUUCCUAUUUUGACAUAAAUAUUUCAGUCAUCAUCCCCAAUGUGUGAAAUAAGUUGUGAGCUCAUAUUAAUGAAAGAAUUAGUAUAAGUAUAGAUACGUAUGUUUUCAAAUGUAUGAAGUAAUAUAAAAUAAACAUCAAAAGCAAA